AUGGAGGAUAUUAAUAAGAAAUCAGCUCUUAAGGACUUUAAUGCAAAGCAAACAGCAAAUCUAGAUGAGGCGCUCGAGAUAGCAGGACUCGGAUGGUAUAACUUGAAGUACUGUUUGCUUAGUGCAAUGCUACUUAUAUCAACUAUAAUGGAAAUUCUCGGAGCGUCUUUAGUGUUGCCAGCUGCGAUAUGUGAUUUACAAAUGUCUGACAGCCAACGAGGACUUGUCAUGUCAAUACCUUAUCUGGGGAUGUUGAUAACGUCAUUCCCAUGGGGAUUCCUGGUGGACACACGAGGUCGUAAAAAGAUGCUCAUAUACAGUUCCAUUGCAGUUGGAAUCUUGAGUAUAUUAUCUGGAUUAAUGCCUAAUCUACCAAGCUUUGUAGUUUGUAAAUUUCUUUCAUCUCUUUGCAUAACAUGUCCAUCAGCAGCAAGUUACACAUACAUCGGAGAAAUUUUACCAUCCAGAUACAGGGAUUUAACGUUAUCUGUGAUCAAUGCUACGCAGGUGGCUGGAUCAGCCUUGGUGCCACUUUUGGCAUGGGCAAUUUUACCUCUGGAUUUCAGAGUAUCAUUUGGCUUCUACAUCUUCCGACCUUGGCGUCUCUUGACCAUGUUCUACGCCUCGUUCUUCUUAAUAUUCGGUGCUUUAUUAGCUCUUGGACCCGAAAGCCCAAAGUAUUUAGUCACCCAAGACAAGUACAAAGAAGCACUGAGUGUAUUACAAGAUAUUUAUGCAGGAAACAAGGGCAAAAGACCUGAUGAAUACCCUAUUAAAUGGCUGGAUGCUCCGCCUAAUGAAAGAAAAGAAGGAAGUUUUCUUUUAUCAUUAAAGGUACAAACUGUACCCUUACUGAAAUGGCCAUAUUUGAAAUGGAUGCUUCUCAACGGAUCUAUGUUAUUUACAAUUUUUGUCAUACUAAAUGGUCUGAACGUCUGGGUGCCAGAUGUAAUCAACAGAGUGUUUCUGGCUGGUGAUGGUCAAGGCAGAACAGCUUGUGAAGUCAUUGUACAGGGAAAUAAUCAGACAUCAGCAGCCGACGCAGAAUGUGACGACACACUAGACAAGAUUAUAUUUUUAAUAAAUACCGCGGCGCGAUUGGGCUGUGCCGUGGUGGCCAUUCUAAUUAGUUCCACUGUUAAAUAUAUUGGGAAGAAGAAACUGGUCAUCAUCUGCUUUUUGGUUAUAGGCAUGGCAUGCAUCUCCGUCAACUUUAUAACACAGGAUGUUCUAUCCGCCGUUAUACUGUCUUCGAGUCCGAUCAUAGUCCUAGCAGUUGGACCAAUCAAUGCGUACACUGUGGCAAUCUUCCCCACACAUUUGAGAGGCAUGGCGAUUAGUUUAUCAAUGAUGCUGGGUCGUAUUGGGUCCGUGGUUGGCGCCAACUUCACCGGGCUUUUAAUCAACAACGCUUGUGACAUGAUAUUCUAUUCCUUUGGUGGUCUUCUCUUUUUAUCCAGUGUUCUCGCAUUUUUGUUACCAAAUUCAAGUGGGACUAAGACGGAUCAAGAUAAGAAGAAUAUAAAUACAAGAUAA